CAGCCCUUCCUUCGUUUAGUUCCAGUUGAUUAUCGUCGCGUUUGUCAUGUUUUUCUUGUCACUUUCACUCAUCACCAUCUCUGUCUUACUUCCCGCCACAUCGACCUCAUCACCAAAUCACAACCAAAACGAUUUCCUUCUCGCUCGUGACAGAGUCAACCACCAGCUAGGACUCUAUCGUUCAAUAAACGAGGAUUCGUGCAGCUCGGCGGCGCCGUCGUCCAUCGAGCUUCAAUACAAUGAGACUUCAUUCGUGAGUGAAGCGAGUGUGGCGCUUUUCACUGCAAAUUUCAUUAGCGGCGCGCUUUAUUCCCGUUUCAACAAAACGAAACGCGUCGCCGAUGGAAGUGAGAAGCGUGAAGGUGGUGGUCGAGAGCAGUGGAUGUACGAAUUGGCGAGAAACAGUGUGCAGAUGAGGAGGAAGGUGAGUGGGAGUGCCGUCUGCUUUUCUAGCCGCGUCUAUAGUGGAGAGGACGAGUUCUGCGCUUAUGCGCGUCGAGAGGCGACGGGCAUGGUGCACACGUCGUACCUCCGUUUCUCGUUGAGCGACGGCAACAGUAGUGAAGCCAACAUGUGGCGCAACCUGCACAUAACACAUCCUACUGAUAAGGUGUUGCAGGUACAUAUGCAUACAGACGGUGAUGGUGUUAAUGAUUAUGAUUUAUUGCCUGCAAAGUUGGCGUACUCGCACGACUUGUGGAGCUCGCCGCAUUACGACUGCAAGGGAGGAAACGGUUGGGUGGUGACCUAUCUAGCUCCAUUUCUGUAUCCCAAAUUGUUGGAUGAUGAUACUCGAACUUCUGUUGUUCAUCAAUAUGGUGGAUUUGUGAGUGUUGAUAUUGGUAUCGAGCUGCUCCAUAUUAAUCAGUGUGAUGAUGCCUCUAAUAUGAGUGAAGGGGAUGCUUUUCAGGGAAGUCAUUUGUGUGAUCAUGAGACGUCUGUGUGUGAGACGAAGCAAUUGUGGAUCGGAUCGUCGAGCAGAUUGUCGGAUCUCGAGCAUAAACUUGGUGGAUAUUAUUGUAUGUGUCGUAAGGGGUACUAUGCAGCUCGUGGUCGUGCAUUUGUGGAUCUCGGUGGGAAUAGGACUGGAUACAAUGGUACUAUAUUGGAGCAAGAUUAUCGUAAUACAAAUGAUAGUGAGUCGUGGACGAGCAGCAACUAUGAAUGUCUUCUAUGCUCGGAGGGAUGUGACGAGUGUUCUGAUAAUAGACCGUGUCUGUACAGACGAAACCCCAGCACAAAGACAAUUGCACUUGCACUCAAUGCCAUUGGCAUGUUGACUGCUAUACUUCUGGGUGUAUUUGUCAUCUGCAUGAGAAAGACAAAAAUCAUGAUGUCUGGAAUCCCAGUUUUACUGGUUGCCAUGUUGUGUGGCACUGUGUGUUUAUUCAUGUCUUCGUCCAUGAGAGCAGUGAAAGAGAGCGUGACGAGUUGCACCUUCUUUCGCUGGUUUUUCAACUUGGGUCUUCCUCUUCUCUAUGGUUCGAUUGAGUUUCGAGCUCUUUAUCUUUGGAGGCAAAACCAAGCAACUGCUGCAAGAACGAAACGUUUGCGGCUGGAAAGAAGCGACAUUUACAAAGGCAUGAUCAGUUUGGUUGUCAUUUUUGUCAUAUUUUUGACCGUGUGGACGAUAGUUUCGUUGCCAUAUCCAGAAGAGAAGGUUGCCAAUGGAUUGAUAUUCCAUCGAUGUGGCUUUACAUAUCUCUCGUAUUACUAUUUGUGUCUUCUUAUCCAUUUGCUACUUUUGGGUUUCGGACUCUACUUGAGCAUUCAAGUGUACAACAUUCCAUCGUAUUUCAAUGAGGGCAAACUGAUUGCUCUCUCUAUUGUCAAUCUCAGUUUCGUUUACUCACUCUUUGUGACAUUGAUGUUAUUCAUGAAAUCUUAUAAUCCGGACAACGGCUUUUUGUUGUACGCAGUCAUUAUUCACGUGACGUGUGACAUUCCCAUGGGCUUGUUGCUUGGACCGAGAGUUUACUUUAUUGCACGAGGUAAAGGAGCCAUGAUGAUGACAAGCUCUGUUCAUGCCAGUUUUCUUCAUACAAUGACCGUCGCCGGGUAUUAUGUCAGUGAUGACGAGUCUAGUAAUAGUUCGUUAAAGGAUAUGAGGAGUAGCAGUAGCGAGGAAAACAGUGAUGCUCAUAUGACUGAAGGGUCAAUAGACAUGGUGGCAUCGCCACGAAGUGUUAUUACAGAAACAACCAUCGUGAGAGAAGACGACGACGACACACUAGAAGAGUGUACAGUUAUGCCUUCUAUUACUCUGACUAAAGCACAUGAUGACAUGGUGAUCAAUGAUGAUGGUGAUAGUAUUGAUAUCAAAAAUAAGAUGCAGCCGGUUUCAACUCACACGUUUCAGUUAUUGACAAGCCACAGUAGCGAGAAGGAACCGGUCAAUAGUGACUCGUUGCAUGCAAUUUGGAAGAACAGAGAGACGCGCAGAAAGAGCAUCGAAAACGUUCUAGGCGUGGAAGGAAAGAAAAGCGAGAAACGAAGAAAGAGCACCGAGCACAUUCUAGGCAUCGAAGGAAUAUACAAAAGCAAACGACGACAAAGCACAGACAUAUUGUCUACAGCAAAAGAGAGAGGUGCCGGUGGUCGGAGGAAAACAGUCGGUGACGUACAGCCGUUAGCUGAUCCAGUAGACACUUGCCGGCCAGAGCUAAAGACACGCUUAUCAAAACCAUUUUUACUCAAGCUCGCACAGCCACGUCCAGUUGUCUCACCACUUGCUUUGCCUCCUGUCUUAGAGCACCGCCUCAAGCAGCAAAACAGGAACAACUCGCGUUACGCUCGCCGUGCGAGUGUCGCCGGAGAAGUCUUUGAGACUAUAGUUGAAUUCUCGUCGUCGGGAGAAAAACUACACGAGGAAACGCGCGUGAAAAACAUUUAUGAAAUUUUGCUGGAACGUCAAGCUCGACGAGGGAGUAGUGGGGCAAGCAAAUUGGCCGGCGUCUCUACCACUGGCAGUGGAUCUGUCGAUCAUAUUGACAAAUGUGUGGAAAAUGGGUUGGGAGCGAAUACAACUUCAGAAGUUGUUGAUAACAAUGACAAUACGUUUAUAGAUGAUAACAUAUCUGGUUAUGAUAGCGAAUAUGGAACAGAAAUCUAAUAUACUUUGCGGUAUGUGCAGACUGUUUUUAUUAUUGUAUACAGUAAAUUAUUAGUGUUAUGGCCUA